AUGAAAAAUAAAAAUCUGAGGAGACAAAGGAAAGACAAAGAUCUAAAGAGACAAACGAAGGUCAAAGAUCUGAGGAGACAAAGGAAAGACAAAGAUCUGAGGAGACAAACGAAAGACAAAGAUCUGAGGAGACGAAGGAAAGAUAAAAUUCUGAGGAGACAAAGGAAAGACAAAGAUCUAAAGAGACAAACGAAGGUCAAAGAUCUGAGGAGACGACGGAAAGAUAAAAAUCUGAGGAGACAAAAGAAAGACAAAGAUCUGAGAGGACAAAGGAAAGACAAAGAUCUGAGAGGACAAAGGAAAGACAAAGACAAAAGAAAGAGUUACAUAGGGACAAAAAGACAAUGUUCUGUUGGGACAAAUGAAAGACAUAACUCUGAAAAUUAA